UCGUAGUUAUGUCUGACAAACCUAGAGAGACCACGGGCAUUUAAUAAAAGGGCAAAGGCUUAACACACCGUGUUACUGGCGUUCGUCACCGACCGGAGACCAUGAGCCCUCCGAACGGGUGUGAGACAGGUGUCUAUGUGGGCCUGGCACUGACGUUGCUGGCGCUGUUAAUCUCUGUAUGUCUGAACAUUAUUUUCUAUUCACUGAGACGGCAAAACAGACGAAGAACAGAUCUGGAGGAGUUCAUAUACCCCAAGCCCCACCUUGUGAUCAGUCAUGAGGAAGAGGAGCUGCCUGACAACCAAGAAAACCCAAUCUAUGGGAAUAUUAGUACAGAAAGGGCAGGAAAUGACCCUGAAGGGGACUCUCCGAGAGUCUUCUAUGAGCACAUGAAAGCACGCUGCAGAGAAGAGAAGCCUCCCCAACAAAUGGAUGUGUCAUACGCUUCCCUUGACCUGAAUGUGGGUCAGAAAGGUAGGAAGAAGCGCAGGAACAAACAGAACCCCAAGCGGGGUCAGAACUGGGCAGGCCAGGCCCAGGAGGACUUCCUAGAGGUGGACGUUGAGGUCGAGGCCACCCUGCCCUCCCGGAGCAGCAGCCCCAUAGUGUCCCGCAACAGCAUAUACCUCAACAGCCACCAGGUGGCGCUGGAGACAGAGGAGCGGGAGAGGGAGCGGGAAUGGGAGCGGGAGUGGGAGCGGGAGAGGGAGAGGCAAAGAGAGAGGGACAUGGUGAAUAAGAUGGAUUUGGAUGCUGUGCAUGACGACCCCAUGCGCUUCUUCAGCAGGGUCAAUCAAAGCCAGGCCUUUGAGCCUGACAGCCAGUAACUGCGACAGGGGGAGGACUAGGAAGCAGACCACUCAGCAGCCUCAGCAUCUAUCUAUCGACC